CGGAGGUUGCGAGCGAUAGGGCACCGGCCUCCAGCCCUGCCUGGAAAGAGCUCCCGCGGCUUUUGCAGGUGGAAAAUCCCGCUCUAGGCCUCAUUGUCCUCAUCCGCAAAAUGGGGAUUGUAGACCCUCCCUGUACCGGGCGGUGCUGGUGAGGAGCAAGGGAGCACGUGACAGGCCGAGAAAGGUUCCCGCUGUCACGACACCCCGAUCGGUGGGGUAGGAAGCAGCUGUCGCCGAUGCAGAUCUGCAUCCGCUCUGUAGCCUAGCAAUCUGAGAGCCGUGUGAGGCUGUCAGAGCCUAAAUGGCUUGCCCGAGAGGGAAGGGGGAAAAAGAAACCAAAAACCACUUUGAUUAAGCGCCUAUUGUGUGCCGGGCACUGUGAGCACUUUACAGAUGUCUCAUUUGAGCCUCACACCACCCCUCGAAGAAUUUUCAUCAAGGACACUAUAUUCAAGAGAAAGUUUACAUUCUAGGAUGAUGAAUGCUGACAUGGAUGCUGUUGAGGCUGAGAAUCAGGUGGAAUUGGAAGAGAAAACACGACUCAUUAAUCAGGUGUUGGAACUGCAGCACACACUUGAAGAUCUUUCUGCACGAGUAGAUGCAGUCAAGGAGGAGAAUCUGAAACUGAAAUCAGAAAACCAAGUUCUUGGACAGUAUAUAGAAAACCUUAUGUCUGCAUCUAGUGUUUUCCAAACAACUGACACAAAAAGCAAAAGGAAGUAAGGAGUUGGUAUCUGGUUUACUUCUUGGUAUUGCUGCUGGGCUUGCUUGUUUUUCUCCUUUUCAAUCUGCACAGGCUCUCUACAAGUUAAAAAAUGUUAGUUUGUGGCAUAGGCGAAUUGAGAGCAUUAACAUAAUUGGAGGUGCCAGUGAGUUUGUGUAUGUUAGACUUUGAAAAUGUGCAAAUGUAUUGUAGACACUUUAUAAUUAGAAUUGCAUAUAUUUGUUAAGAAAACUUGAAGAUGGAUGUUUUGUCGAUACUGGAUUUAAUUUGUAGGGUUAAGCAAAUGGCUAACUCAUUACAGUAAAUCACUUAAAAUAACUUCCAUUUUGUGGAAAAGUGACCAAAAUCAUAUUCUAAAAUGUAUAGCUUUAUCUAACUUGCCAACCAUCUUGUGCCUCUUUCCAUUGUUACCUUUGUUCUCAUCACCACUUACCCUAAAAUUUGGUCACUUAAUUUAUAAACCUAUUUAAAUACAAGAAGCCAAAUCUUAGUUAUGUAAGAUGAACCAAAUAAAAGCUUUUCUCAUCUGGGACACGUAUCAUAAUUUAAUGAGUUAGGCCUGUUGGCUUGCCCCUUACAAACUGAAGAAAAUAGACAAAUGAUAGUAAGAAAAAUUAAGAUAACUCUUUGGAACCUUCAUUUAAUAUGAGAAAUUAAUGCAUAAUCAUAAUAGGAAUAUAUUUCACAAAAAUAAUUCCAGGUUACAUCUCAAAAGUAAAUAUAUGAGCAAACUACAAACAUAUUAACUCCAAAUCCAUCCCAAUUCCUGCCUAACCUCUAGUCUCUUUGAUCCAGGUGGGGUUGUCAUUUGGGGGAAAGUGCGGAUAGGAGUCGUAAGUAGUUUAAGCCUGACUAUCCAUUAGCCAAAUGUCAAUCUUCAAGGUUUCCAGUGUCCAGAAAAAGUAAUGUUUGCAAAAAAUCUUUUAGAGUUUAUUAGUAUUACAUGCUUAAAAUGGCAGAGUUUUGCUUGUAGCACAAGUUAAUUAUCAAUUUUUUAACUUCUCCCUAAUUAUCUCCAAACUCAACUACUUGGGUUUUAGGCAUGUUUUGGUAAAAAAAAAUUUUUUUAAAUAAUUUUUUUUCCACUUAGCAUGGGAAUCUGAGUGUCUGUUGAAAAUUAAAUGUAAAACUGUUUUAGUUAUGGUGAAGGGAAAGAUGCCCUUUAUUGUUAGUUACAAUAUUGCCUUUUAUUAGACUAGAGCCUUUUAAUCAAGGAGUGAUCUUAUUUUUUUGUAUGGAUAUGAAAUUAGACAAAGUGAUUUUAGCUGCGUGUGGUGUGUGUGUGUACACAUACACAGAUUAUAUAUAGUAGUCAAAGUAAACAUUUUGCAUCCCAUUUGUGAACUUUUAUCUAAUUUAUGAACACUUAAAAUUGUAUUGUAAUUCUGAAUUUCUGUUAAAUAAAAGCUUUUUUUUUUUUU